CGGUUGUGGUGGCCUAAAGCCUUAUAUUCGUGUGUGUCGAUGGGCAGAAGAUAAACUAAAAACUCGAAGCAACCAGGAACGGUAAAGCAGUUGAUGAAGAUGCAUUCAGCGAUGACUCUUCGGCGGUUUUGCUGUUACAGUGUAGCUUCUUCAGCCAUUAACCCCACAACCCGCAAGAAGCAGCUUGUCUUCAUGGGUUCUCCACAGGUCUCUGCAUCUGUUCUCGAAGCUCUUCUUGAUGCAUCUUCAUCUCCGGGUUCCAUGUUUCAGGUUGCAGCAGUUGUUACUCAGCCACCUUCUGGAAGAGAUAGAGGUAGAAAGGUGAUGCCUUCCCCAGUUGCACAGCGAGCUCUGGAUAGAGGUUUCCCAUCGGAUCUCAUUUUCACCCCUGAACGAGCUGGAGAGGAAACAUUCUUGUCCAAUCUGAAAGCAUUGCAGCCAGAGCUUUGCAUUACAGCAGCAUAUGGGAAUAUUUUACCUAGCAAGUUUCUCAAGAUUCCAUCAUUUGGGACAGUCAACAUACAUCCAAGUAUACUUCCUCUGUAUCGUGGUGCUGCUCCUGUUCAAAGAGCUUUGCAGGAUGGUGUUAAAGAAACAGGAGUAUCACUUGUGUUCACAAUUCUUGCACUGGAUGCUGGACCUGUCAUUGCCUGUGAAAGAUUACAAGUAGAUGAUUGUAUUAAGGCACCUGAGUUACUUGCACUGCUAUUUGAUCGAGGGUCUAAACUUUUGAUCCAUGAACUUCCUUCAAUAUUAGAUGGAUCUGCAAGUGUGAGAGCACAAGCACAAGAUGACUCCAAAGCUACUUUGGCUCCUAAGAUAAUGCCGGAGGAGUCAUGGCUAUCCUUUGAUCAAGAAGCUUGGGUUUUACAUAACAAGGUUCGGGCAUUUGCAGGGUGGCCAGGCACCCGAGCCAAAGUCUGCAUCCUAGAUGGAAAUGAUCAUCAAAAUAACAUCUUAGAGCUUAAAGUUAUCACCACAAAAGUUUGUACAGACAAUAACACUCAGGUUAAUGACAAAGAUAUUGUCACUUUUGCUGGAGGUGCAUUGGUGUUUCAAUGUGGUGGGGAUACAGCGCUCGAGGUGUUAGAAGUUCAGUUCCCAGGUAAGAAGGUGGCGAGUGCAAAUGCAUUUUGGAAUGGCUUGCGAGGUCGAAAGCUGAAGAAGUUGUGAUAGAAGCAAGUCAUAAACUCACAAGGACAACCACUAGCUGAAGGUUAAGCAAUCUGAUUUGUAUUUUAUUUUCUAUUCUUUUGUUUUUAUUCAUCAUCUUAAAACUAUAUAUACCAAUUAAUCUUCCAAAGUUUUCUUUAGGAGAGUUGUGUUUUGACAGAGAGGUGCUUAUGCAAUUUUCACAUUUUGUAUUCUGAAAUUUAAUGUUUUGAUCUACUUCGGGUGAGAAAAUGCCGAAGGUUUGGUUCAUAUCUAAUCCACCAUUCCUAAGGUCA